ACUUGCGUUGGAUCUCAGCCGCCGGUCCACCUCCAUGCCUCAGCCGCCGUCAGCCCGCCGCCGCCAGCCUCAGUGUGACUCGGGCAGUGGUGGAGGAAGGGUGUGCGCACUGCAUCCUUCGCCGCCGCGGUGGACACCUGUCAGGACCCGUCGAGAAACAUAGCAGUCUGAAAUAUUGAAAGCACACCCCUGGCUACCGAUUUCCGAGUCUUUGAUAAUUAAAUACCACUAUGCAGGAUUAGCACUAAGGCGCCGAGUGUGUGAGCGAGGGAGUGUGACCAUGUGGGAAUAGCAAUGACGUGAGGAGACAGGGGGAUAAUAAUACUAAUAGAGACAGACAGUGUUUCAAGAAAAGGGACACAGGUGAUACUACUACUAAUAACAAGGAAACUGUGAACAAAGGACAUGAUAAUACUAAUAAGAACAGUAUAUAAAAAGGACAGGAUGUGAAACUUGUAUUAAUAAAGGCACUGUGAAGAAAGAGACAUAAAUACUACCACUACUGUUACUGAUAAUGAGGACAAUGAAGGACAGUGCGAAGAAAGGGCAGAGGAUGAUACUUUUACAAAUGAGGAAAAUGUAGAGAAAGGAAAGGACAGAGAUGACAGUACUACUCAUAACAAGAAAGACAGAGUGAAGAAACGACUGGACAGAGAUCAUUCUACUGCUGAAGAAGGUUAAUUAAGUGAAAAGGAGAGGAAAAGAAAGGUUAAAGAUAAAGAAAAGGUAAAGAGGAGAAAGGAAAGGAGAGAAGUAAGAGACGAUAUAAUAAAGAGAAGAGGGAAAUGACAGUGAAAGGAGAAUAACACUUGAUAAUAAAUAAACAAGGUGUGUAAGUCAACAAAGAACAGGUAAGAGCACUGGAUAAUAGAAAGAUAAGAAAAAAGAUAACAGAAACAGCAGUAUUAAUAAACAAUAACAAUGAACAAAGAGACAGGAUUAUGAGAGGAGAGAAGAUAUAUAACAAAAACAAUAAUAAUAAACACUAAAAAUGAAAAGCUACAAAUUGAAGAAGUGAAGAGAGCGAGAGCGAGAGAGAGAGAGAGAGAGAGAGAGAGAGAGAGAGAGAGAGAGAGAGAGAGAGAGAGAGAGAGAGAGAGAGAGAGAGGAAAGUAAGUGAACCAACAAAAAAGAAAAAAAUGCAAUACUCAGAAAAGAAGGAAUAACCAACCACACACACACACACACACACACACACACACACACACACACACACACACACACACACACACACACACACACACACACACACAGACGAAUGAAGGCUGCAGGGACCCGGGCAAUCAGGACUCGACCCAGAGCACCUGACAGCCAUGUGUAAUAUUUGUCCGGCACUGCAGACACGCACACACACACACGUACACACACAGGCUCUGGUGCUGACGUGCUGAGCCAACAAGGGAACGUGCUGGCCCGGCGACAUGCCUCCACGGAACGGCGGAACACGACCGGAACGCUGAUUCACGAUUUGAUGUAAGAGAGGAACGGUAGGGACAGCUGGGACACACACUCAUACACACGCAUACCUACGUACAUACACUAUUUGCAUACACGUAUAUAUAAAGGGCAAGAAGAAAGUUAGGUAGGAUAAGAAAACGUGCGAGAGAGAGAGAGAGAGAGAGAGAGAGAGAGAGAGAGAGAGAGAGAGAGAGAGAGAGAGAGAGAGAGAGAGAGAGAGAGAGAGAGAGAGAGACGGGGCUGUUCCGUGUGAGUGAGCUGGACAUGAGGCUCAAAUAGCUGGGCGUGUGGGAGUGUGUUGAAGGAGUUCUGGAAAACCUUUACCCGGACAGAACAUUUUAGCAGAACAGUUACAGACGCAGGACCUCGGAACAGGCUUUAAAGAGGCACGUUAGCACCACGCACGCACGGACGUACACACUGACACACACACACACACACACACACACACACACACACACACACACAAACACACAAACACACCUAAACAUACACACAACUUUUUUUACAUAGUUUAUCAGGAAACAGUACAUUUAUAGAAAAUAAUUACUAGACAUGUAAACAGAAUGACAUUAUAAUACCAAAAGUUGACAACAACAACAACAACAACAAACAACUGUGACAACAACAACCUUGUCACCAAAAACACACACAAAAAAAUUCCUCCUGGUAACAAGAAUACCAACAACAAAUAUCUAAGAAAAAAGAAAAAGAAAAAAAAAACACUAAACCCCCCAAAAAGACAAAAUAAAAGAGAGAAAAGGCAAAGAAAACGACAACUCGAGAACGAAACAGAAAACGGAGGCGAAAGAGGAGGACCUUACACCGCGGCCACACACGCACCAGAGGGCCCCGCGGAACACCUGUCCUGCGGUACUUGGACGGCGCGGAGACCAGGGGCACUACCACUACCAGCACCGCCACCACCACCAUGGCUCCGACAUUAUGGCACGCCGCACUCUGGCUCCUGCUUGUGACGCUGCAGGGCCCGACUGGAGGUGAGCCCCACCCUCCGCCCACCACCGCGCCCACGCCCUCGCACUGCCGCGGCUGUCCCUACUUCCUCAACACGCCCACGCACAUCGUGACUGCGGUGGGCGCCGACGUGAACCUGACCUGCGGGGUGAGGAUGCUGGGCGACAGACAGGUAUCAUGGAUCAGGAAGCGGGACCUGCACGUGCUCACCACCAACACCUUCACCUACACCACGGAGUCGAGAUUCAGCGCCGUGCACGUGAACAACUCCCCGUACUGGGUGCUGAGCGUCACACAGGCUGAACUCAACGACUCGGGCGUGUACGAGUGUCAGGUCGCGGCGCAGCCCAAGAUAUUCAAGCAGUUCCAGCUGGAUGUCGUGGUGCCCAAGGCCACCAUCCUGGGCUCGGGGGACGUGUUCAUGAAGGCUGGCAGUGACCUGAACGUGACCUGCAGAAUCACGGGAGCCACGGAACAGGCCGCGCCCGUGACCUGGUACCACACCAACCCAACCACCCGCAGCAGCAACAACGUAGUGCAGGAGCUGAACUCUGGGAACCGCGGGGGUGUGCAGCUGGUGACGGACAGACGGGCGGGCACCAGCUGGCUCCUAGUGACUCAGGCGACAUGGAGGGACGCUGGGAACUACACGUGUGCGCCGGACCACGCCACUCCGGCCUCUGUGGUGGUGCAUGUGUUGGACGAGGAGUCCCCGGCAGCCAUGCAACCACACCUUCAGGCGGGCAGCUCCCCUUCCCCUUCCCCGUCAUCCACCUCGUCGUCCUCGUCCUCCUCGCCCUCAUCAGUUCAAGUCCUCGCCCUCAGCCUGGCGUGCUUAUUAAGACUUUACCUGGCCUCUAUACACGGCCGGGACAGGUGUGAGGCAGCGGGCUUGUCUCCAAAUGCAGCUGUUGUGAUUAUUUGAGACUUGGCUUAACGCAGGUGGUGCUUUUGUCGCAUUCAUUGUGUGAGUUUUACCUUUCCUACAUGCCCUGUGAUGCUAGUGAUGGUGUCGGUGAUGCUAGUGGUGUUUGUGGUGUUGGAAAUGGUGACAGUGGCGAUCAUAUUGGAAAAGGUAUGAUGCUACUCUUAAUACCAGUGGUGUUUUAAGAAUGGUGAUGUACGGAUAGUGAUUGUUGUGGGUGGUGUUGUGAUGGUUGUGAUGAUGUGUGGAAAAGGGUAUAGUUUUUUUAGUCAUGAUGAUGGUGACACUAUGUUAAUGGUGAUGAUGGUUGUGAUGAUGAUGAUGAUGAUGAUGAUGGUGACACGGGUGAUGAUCGCAAGGACAACGACAACGAACAACUUAGGGAAUAGAGCUAAUAGUGAUGACGAUAAUGAUAAGUUGGGAAACGUGAAAAAAAAUCCAGGUAAAGAUAAUGAUGAUGAUGGUGAUGAGGGUGAUAAUGAAGAUGAAAUGACCAAAAAACACACAAAAAAUGUUUGCUAAAUAGAAAUGAUAGAAAAGAAGACAUUUCACGCAAACAGAGAGGAAAAGUGGAACGAAAAAAAAAAAAAGAAAGAAAGAUAACAGAAAGAAAAACAAAAACAAAAACAGGUACUAUAUUAUGCAAAUGACUAUGAGUGAAUGAAACAAAUGAACGAAAUAAAUGAAAAGACAUCGUACGAAGAUAAGUGACGUUUUUAAUUACUCCUGUAGUGGCUAUUUUCGUAUUUAUUUCGUAAUUUCUAGCUUUUUUUUUUAUUUCCACUCAUACCUACGUACUGUUUCCCAUUCCUCCCAGCGUCAGAUACAAGCAGUGUCCGCCGCGUGUCCGAACAGGUGCUAAAAACUUAAACUUACUGGUUCAAAACACUGAACAAAUCGUGACUGAAAACUGAACGUAACUAAAUGGGGAGUUUACUUCAUAGAGAGAGAGAGAGAGAAAAAAAAUAAAAUAAAUAAAUAAAUAAAGUGAAAUUCCAAUGCAGUUUUACGUAACGUCCGAAACACUUUAUUCUAUUGAUAAUGAUGAUGAUAAUGAUAAUAAUAAUAAUAAUAAUAAUAAUAAUAAUAAUAAUAAUAAUAAUAAUAAUAAUAAUAAUAAUAAUACAACUCACCUCGAGAAUCAUAUGAGAAACAAAAACUCCAAUAUAAGAAAGGAAGAUAAAAAUACCGAGAGAAUAUAUUGUUUUAGGUAUUCUUAUUUUCACUCAUAUUAUUCUCAGUGAGAGGAAAGAGAAAAAUAAUCAUAAAAGCAAUAAUAGUCAUAUCCAAUCUCUCUCUAUGGCAUCACGUGUCCAUUACGGGAAAGAGGAAACAAAGGAAAAAAGGGAAAUACACAUAUACAGAGAGUGAUAGAAAGGGAGAGCAAGAGUGAGAGAGACACAGAACAAAAAUGUAUCUGGAUUUCGUCAAAUUUAUCUUUUUAAUGUUUCAAAUAUAUUUCUUUUUAAUGUUAACACUUUAGAUUUCCUUCAGUUUUCCUUCCUCUGUCUCUCUCUCUCUCUCUCUCUCUCUCUCUCUCUCUCUCUCUCUCUCUCUCUCUCUCUCUCUCUCUCUCUCUCUCUCUCUCUCUCUCUCUCUCUCUCUCUCCCCGCUUCCUCUCCUUCAUAUUCCUGUAAUGUUUCCUAAUUGCGUUAACAUGCAAGGAAAACAACACUGGUAAUUACUACCAAUAUUACACCUCACAUGCUUAUUAUUAUUAUUAUUAUUAUUAUUAUUAUUAUUAUUAUUAUUAUUAUUAUUAUUAUUAUUAUUAUUAUUAUCAUCAUGAUUAUUAAUGUUACUAUCAUUAUUACUGAUGCAACUCUUUGUUCUUUCCCUUCUCAAUUUUUUUCUAUCUCUUCAUCCCUCCUGCCUUCCUUCUUUCCUUUCCCACCUUUGUUUAUACAGACCCUCUCUCUUUGUAACCGAGGAAUACAACAGCAACUAUUACUAAUGCUAUGCUACAUAUAUGUGUCACUUUCUA